AUGUCUGAGCCCACUCUUUCAUCUCCUUCUACUGUAAAAAUCUCCUGCAGCGAACCUGGCUGUGUCCAAUCCUUUGCUGACGACAAGUCACUCAAAAAACAUCAAAGAGAGGUACACCAACACUCAACCCUCUGCACUCCCUACGCCACUUCUUCUGCUCCUUUCCAUGUACAUAGAAAUCAAGAUGGAACUUUUCACUGUCCUACCAAGCAUUGUACUUGGUCUUCCCCAAUUCCAGGAACCUUUCAAAAACAUGUCAAAAAUUGUAAUCCCGAUUCUUUCAACGACAGACCCAAAGUGUUGCCUCUGCCUCCUAGUAGCUUGGCAACCCUCAUCCCAGCAGGAAAUCAGAUCACACUCACCAAGGAGUUUCCAUUCUUGGGAUUCAACACUUACGCCAAGACCCUUGUCUGUCUCGACUGCCACUGCGGAGUGCCAACAAAGGAAGUCGCCGGCCACUUGAGGAGCAGCCCCCACAAGAUCAACAACAUCAUUCCAGAUGCAAUCAUCCAAGCCUUCAAAUCAAUCAAUGUCACUGUUCCUCUCGAGAAUAAACGCACCCCACCAAGGGCAUCCCAGCCCUGGAAGCCAGUAGAGGGCCUUUACCUCAAACUAGGGAUCAUCUGUGCGGUCCCUCAUAGAGGCUCCAUCUGUGGUCAUGCGGUCCAAAAGGAAAGCUCUAUGAGCAACCAUUUCUCUGAUAUUCAUAAAGAUGUCCCUGGCGGAUGGGCUUCCAAUUCACAACGGACCUACGUUCAACACCUCAGCAACUCGACCAUACGUUACUUUCCUGUAGAAUAUUCGGCUCCUCACCCAGCAAUCAUACCAGCUCCAUCUGCUGCCCCCUCCGAGAGUCAGUCAAACACAUCCGUUUUGGCUUGGGAACAGCUCUCCUCAGCCCUCAACAAGCUGGAUGUCCUUGGCCAUAAACAGGCCGUAACAAUCUCCUCAGAUGAUGCCCAUCCGGCGCUUGUCUCCAACUUUCUCAAUUCUUCUGGAAUACAUGCACACAUCAAUGCUUGCACCGACUUACUGCAAUGUUCAACCAAGGAGCUUCACACCAAAGUCCACUAUCCCAACCUGCUGGCAUCCUGGAAACCCUGCGUGGAGAAGUGGCUCAUUGGCUGCAUGACAGAACUCACCUCGGUUCACGAUGCAGUGACUAUGGAGGCACUCAGAGAGUCUGUCAAUGAUCCUCCUUCAAGAAGACCAAUCCGAGCCCUCCAACAGAGGAGUACCGCUGUUCAAUAUGCAUCCGUUGCAGCCGAAUUCAUUGUCUUCACUCUGGAAACAACCGGCCAGCCACUAGCAACACAUUUCUGGUCAGCCAGCAAUAGACGUUUGUCUGAAUUUGCAGAAAAGGCAUCAGCUAGUCUCAGCUCAAUCCAGAGUGACAAGACAGAUGCUCAAGGCCAAUUCGACAGAGCCUUAAACUUCCUCUUCUGGAACUCCACCUCUUUCUCCGCCUCCAUCCUGAAACGCUCAAAGGUGCAAUCAGCAUUAGAGCAGUUCAUUGCCCUUUCAAUGAUCAAACCAGACGGCUCCUUCUUCUCCCCUUCAAAUCUGACUCAUACGAUCGCUGCCCUUCAAUACGUCAUACGUGUGGCCACUGUCUUUGCUUGCCUGGAAGGAACUGAGGAGAUUUACGCACACCCUCCCUCAGACAUCGAUCCCAAAGAUCAUCAUCUGCUCGAGCAGUCGGCCAUAUCAACAUAUUUUCAGUUCAUUUACGACGAAAAACUCAUCUCUCCGUUCUUCACCAUACGGAAUUGGAUGCGUCUGGCUUCAACUAUCGUGAUGAACGAAAAACCUCCAGACCCAACCUACUGGGCCGAUUCAGAAAUGACAAAGCUGGUCAUUGGCCCAACCCAGAUCACCAUAACAGCUGUGCAGAGAGCCCUGAGGAUUGCAAUAUGCUCGAUCAACUCAGUCAUCCAACACACCCUCCAUGGGGCCUCCUUCCCCGACUUUCUCUAUUCAAAGCUAGACGAUCAAAGUGCAAACACGUCUCUUGGGUUCAACUAUCUGGUGGCCUCAGCCAAUGAACAGAUGUACCACUUUAAACUUCUGAAAGACUGGGUGCUCAAUGGAUCCUCACCACCCAACGUCCUCUCUCCGGCUUGGACGUCUGCCAUGCGGCUCGAGAAUGGUCACUACUCACUCAACUUGGACCAACUUUGUUCAAAAAAACACGCCUGGGACUGGCUAGAGAGUGCAGACCUCAUUCUGGAGCACAUCUACUUCAUCUAUCACGUCGGCUGCGGUCAACCUGCCCGUGGAACUGAGGAGGCUGCAAUGCUUAUCCGGAACAUCGACUCGGCUCCAAGGAAUAUCUAUUGGAGGGAAACAAGAUUUAUGUUCCAGACCUACUACCACAAGGGUCAGAAUAUCUCAAACAGGUCAAAGCCACGACAGGUGUUCCUCACAGCCGACCUCUCAAUGCACUUGCACAAUUAUCUGGCUUAUAUUCGCCCCGUCCAAAUGCAAGGGAUGUGGGACUCAGAGAGGUUUACUCUGAUCCUCAAGAAGCACUUUGCCCUGGCGGGAUUGGACCAGAUAGGUCUGCGAGCAUGGAGGCAGGCCUCUGUCAGCAUUGCCCAUGCGCACCUGUCUACAAAGAUUCCACCCGCCUUGAUGCCCACUGAGAAUGGACUAGAGAAUCCUUCAGAAAAUCAACCCGGCAUCUUGGACAUCAUGGACCUCCAACGAAAUCACACAGCUCACACAGCAAACUUUCUCUAUGGCCACUCUAGCGGUACAGGGGUCGUCAGAGGUUCAGAGUCCAACUUCCUACUGGCCAGUGAGGCCUGGCAGGCUUUUUGGGGGAUUGAAUCUUAUUUGGCCUGUCAGAAACCAUUGCUUCCAGUGCCCGACACCUUGGCUCCGGCAAAAAAGGCUCAACAAGCUCUGGCCAUUUUCACUCAAGACCCCGAUGCCAGCUUCCGUGACGACUUCCAGGGCGAGUGGUUAUCAUGCCUCUUCAAUGAUUCUAAUCCAGCAGAUUUAUUAGUGGUUGCAAAGACUGGAGGUGGAAAGUCUUUGGCCUACCUCCUACCCCCACUCAUCAAUCCAAAGGAAAGACUAGUGAUCAUCCAGCCCCUCAAAGCCUUGGUAGAUCAAACCGUCAACGACUUCAAGAAGCUCAAAACCGUCACAGUGCAGCACUUUGAGAAAGGAAACUUCAUCGAUCCUCUGGCCCAAGUAAUCAUUGUAACAACAAAUCAGGCUGCCGACUCUCACUUCUGCAACCAGCUACGCUCUUGCUUGCCCACACGCAUCAUCAUUGAUGAGGCACACUCAUUCCUUGAAGACGGAUACCGUGGAUACAUGCCUGGAGUCACAGCGCUCACUCAGCUGUCCACUCAACUCAUCCUCACAACAGCCUCGUUGCCUCAUUCUCAAGAAGACGACCUCCUGCGGAUCACCUUUGGACUGCGUCGCUUAAUCACCAAACGGCAGCCCACUUUCAGACCAGAACUCAACAUUGAGGUCUUGAGAUCCCCUGCAAAAUGGGAACAACUGUCUUCAGUCAUCCAGCCCUUGAUCGACUCUUUCCUGGUCGGCCCCAAUGACCGUGCAAUGAUCUUUAUUGAAAAUAAGCAUGCUGUUGAACUGGUAGGGCCCCAAAUUGGGGCUGUCACUCACCACUCGGAUCUGCCAGACGAUGUCGCAGCCUCAGCCGUAGAAAAGUGGACAUCCGGUGGGGCUAGAUCUAUUGUGGCCACCAGCGGAUUCGGGACAGGGAUCAAUUAUCUUCACGUCCGUCUGGUCUGCAUCUACGGCAUCCCCAACCGAGCAACAGCAAACAAGGCUUACCAACAACUUGGGCGUGCCGGACGGGAUGGCCACCAGGCUCACAUCUUUUUCAUUCCAACUGUCUCAGACCCCCAUGGCGAUAUCGAUGACUUCAAAAAGAAUCUGAUGAAUCCUGCAGUGUGCCCUGCUAACACCUUUGCUCGACAUCAAGAUAAUCUCAACUGGUCUUGCAGGAACUUUCCCCCAUUCCUUCGUUGUGUCUGUUGCUCAAGAUUAUCAGCCAACCCAGCUUUACAUCCAUCCCCUUUAUCCUUGUCCCAGCCAUCUUCAAUUCCCGAUUGGUCCCCUGAUCCAUCAGCACCAAGCAAUUCAUACAACUCCUCAAGUACUGUUUCAGCCCAGGCCACACUAGGCGCACAUGUGGGAUCAGGGCUCGCUCAGUCUCGCAAACGCAGGCGCUUGGAAGACACAGAUCCACUUGCAGACAAACUUGCCACCUCCAACACUCUGGCGGCCGAAAGCUCCCUCUCAAUCACUUCACUGGCGAGAUCUGCUGAGCAAGCUCGUCUGCAAUCAAUGCCCGACAACAGAGUCAACUCAAACCAGAUCAACCGCGACAACUCUCUCAUCUCCCAUGAGCUCGUCAGUCUCCAGAAGUUUAUUCGGAAGAUGAAGGGUGCUUGUGGUGACUGUUAUGUUUGGAAUAACACAAUCACUGCAGCACAUCCACGUCAAUGCAAACCAAUGCAUGGAAAGUGCUUGAGAUGUAGAGCUGGUAAAGGGUGGGCACAUCACACCCACAGUGGAACCGAGCAUACAACCAAGAACUGCUCCUCAACCAGCUUUUCAGCUUCUAUAUCCGAAGGGUCCAAAGGUGCACAUGGGUUCAAUAUUUGCACCAGGUGUGGCCUCCCUGCUGGAACCCAAGAUCGGUUCAACUUUCAUCCAAAUGGGAACGUCGGCCCAAACUGUGAUUCUGGAUUUGCUAAUAUUGCAGAGGCUAUUUGCUGGUAUGUAUACCGGGCGCAGAGACCUGAGCUUGGAAAGUGGUUCCCUACGGCUCCUUUAGACUCUGAGCCUGCAUUCUCCAAAUGGAUUGGCAUCACCUCUAAAGAU